UCCCUUUUACUUUCCUUAAUCCAAUUCCAAAUUCCCAUUAUUAGUAUAUCACUAUCUUAUAAUAAAUAGAUUGUUCAUCUUUUCUUUCAUAAUUCAUUAAGCCAAAUAUGACUUCCUCAGAGAGCUUAAGUUUCUUUUCUCCUGAAUAUAGUACACCUAGGAUGUUUCCUCUAACACCAUCACCAACACCAAUACCAGCACCAACUCAUAAACGUGGCGGUCCAUCGCCUAUGAGCCAAAUCAUCAUGGCAAAACAAGCCCUCAAUCAACCUUUAACACCAGAAAUGUCACAUGAAAUCAAGAGUAAACCAAUAGUACAAUAUGUUGUGCCACGACAACGAAGACGUACAAAUCCUGCAGUAUGGUGUGCUGCAAUACUAUGCAUGAUGUUCUGUCUACUACUAAUAUUAUUUGGUAUUGGAACUUUAGUCAUUUUUCUAUCUAUCAAACCAAGAAAUCCAGUUUUUGAUACAUCAAAUGCUAGUCUAAGUGUUAUAUACUUAGACUCACCUAAGUAUAUGAAUGGUGACUUCACAUUUAUAGCAAAUUUCACCAAUCCAAACAAGAAACUUGAUGUGAGAUUUGAGCAUUUGGUCAUUGAACUUUUUUUCUCAGAUAGCUUAAUAGCAACACAAGUUGUUCAACCAUUCAGUCAGAGGCAACGCGAAACGCGAUUAGUACAAGUUCACAUGAUAUCUAGCUUGGUUUAUUUGCCACCAAUUUCAGCCUUCAAACUACAAAAACAGGUACUUAGCAACAGAGUUGUUUAUAACAUCAGAGGAACUUUUAAGGUCAGAGUGAAUAUUGGCCUAAUUCAUUACUCUUAUUGGUUACAUGGGAGAUGUCAAUUAGAGAUGACAAGUCCACCUAUUGGUGCUCUUAUUACACAUAGUUGUAGAACAAAGAGGUGAAAAAAAAAUGAUUACUUUUGUAUAUUGCAUACUUUAGUACAGCAAUUUGAUUUGAUUUUCCAUAUUCCUUCUAUUAUGUUAAGUACAAAAACUGUGUUUCUCAAUGCCAA